AUGAGAUUGCCCCUGUUUUCUCAACUAGAGGUGUUUGGAAAGAUCAGUGACAGCUUGAAACGUAGUGGGGUCACCUCGGUAUGGGGCAUUGCUGGUGUUGGGAAAUCAACUCUUGUCAGAGAUCGAUACUAUGCACGGAUGCAGGAAUGUUCUUUCGCUGGAAAGUUUGCAUAUGUCGAUGUGCCGGAUCCGUUUGAUUUGGUGGAAUUUUCUCGUCUCUUACUUCUUGAUUUCCAUCGAUGUGAUCUUGAAGCCAUGGAAGCUGCAGCAAUUGGUAUUAUCCAGGGUCAGGACCCAAUUCAAGGGUGCCGUGAAAUUCUGCGUCAAGACGGGUAUCUCGUCAUUAUUGACGGUCUGCAGUUCACAUAUGACUGGGACUUGAUUGAAACUGUCUUUUUAUCCCCGAUUACUACAGAAUCCAUAAUAGUUGUCAUCACAACUGAAGAAAGCAUCGCCAAACAUUGUGUCAAGCAGCAGGUAGAUCGUGUGAUCAACAUCAAAUGUCUAGAAGAUGACGUGGCCAAUAGUGCCUUUGAACAGACUAUUGAUCCUAAGGAGUUAGCAAGUCUAAGGGGAAAGGUGGACCUUGCAAAGCUUGUGGUGAGAUGUGGUGGGCUUCUGAAAGUAGUGUCUGCUAUAGGCAAAGUCUCGGGUUCAUUUUUGGAGCAUAUGAAUGAUGACUUUAUGUUCAAAUUGGAGACCGACCCUCGAUUCCAUUGUUUGAACGGUCUAUUAUCUUGGAUGCAUUCCUAUUUUGAUGCUUGUUCAGAUUUGGUAAAGCCAUGUAUCUUCUACCUUUCUGUCUUCCCUGCAAGCAGCAAAAUAAGGCAGUGGCGUUUAGUGAGGAGAUGGAUCGCUGAGGGCUACUCCAGCAACAGACCUGGUUGUACCGCAAGGGAGAAUGCGCAAAAGCGCUUAUCUGAGCUUGCUGAAUUGAGCAUAAUCCAGCAAGCAUCGAGCAAGGGCAAUUGGCAAGUUAAUAGUUUCUUCCGUGAAUACAUCAUCUCGCGGCCAAUGGAGGAUAAUCUUGUUUUUGCAUUGGAUGGGCGUUGCAGUCCAAACACGCAACGCGCAGGACAACACCUGACCAUAAUGACAGACUGGCACAGGGACCAAACGGUGUUCGAGAGCAUCGACCUCGCACGAUUGCGGUCUUUGACAGUGUUUGGGACAUGGUGUUCAUUCUUUAUCUCCGACAAGAUGAAGCGGCUACGAGUGCUGGACCUAGAAGACGUGAUAGGUGUAACAAAUGGUGAUAUUGAGCAGAUCUUUGUGGAGCUGCUGAGCCUCAAGUUCAUCUCCCUACGAGGAUGCAGGUAUAUUAGUCGUCUGCCGGAUGCAUUGGGAGGGCUGAGGCAGCUACAGACUCUUGAUGUAAGAUUCACCUCCAUAGUCAAGUUGCCAUCUGCUAUCAUCAAGCUACAUAAGCUGCAAUACAUACGUGCUGGUGCCAUUGUAUUGCCAGAUGAAGAUUGGAAAUCCGCAUCAACUGAAGAUGAAGUAGAAGCCCGUGAUAGCAGCAUAUCUUCAGGGCGGCCAGCAGUACCAACAUGCACUGAAAAUGGCAUUGCCGAGAGCCCAGCACAGGCAACAACAUCACAAGAAGCCCAGCACAGGCCAAUGCUUCCAAAGGUGGGGAGAUUGGCAUCCAAACUGUCACAUACCUGGAGCUUUUGUGGGUCGAAACCAAGGAAAGAGGUCCAACAUCAUAAUGGUGGUGUUGGGGUGCCUGUAGGGAUUGAAAGCCUUACGGCCUUGCAUACUGUUGGUGUAGUGAAUGUGAAUGCAUCCGGUGGGGAGGCCUUUCUGAAGCAUCUCGCAAAACUAACCCAAUUGCUCAAGCUCAGAGUGUGCGGCAUCAAUAAGAAAAACUGGCAACUGUUGUGUUGUGCCCUCUCGGAUCAUGGCCAUCUGGAAUCCUUGUCGGUGCAAUUCGACGAGGAUUGCCUCGACGAUAGCUUCAGGCCACCCAAGACCCUGAAGAGCCUUAAGCUGUACGGGCCUAUGACGGGAUUGCCAGAAGUCACUAUGAAGGUUCUCGUCAAUCUCAUAAAGUUAGAUCUUGAGAUGACUAUUACAAGCCCAGACGACAUGCAAUUAUUCUUGAAAGAUAAAUUGCCUCGUCAUGAUAUCCUAAAUCGUCUCUGCAUCAAGGUGCAAGGAGACAAAGCGGUAAAUUUUAGCUCGAGUGAAUUCAAGUACGGCGACUGGUCUGGUUGUUUCCGACCUCGGGUCGUCAAGAUAGACUGCAGCUCCAAGUUAGAGGUAACUUUUGGAGUUAACAUAAUGAAAUCCGCUGAGGUGCUCAUAAUCCAGUGCUCUGAAGGUUCAUUCUUCCGGGUUUCUGGGGGACAUGAUGGGCUAAGUCAUUUGUACCAUCUCAAGACAGUCUGGCUUAAGGGUUCCUACAGCCAGGAACAACGGCAGCACCUGCAAGAACUUGUUGACCGACAUUCUAAUGAGAUGGGAAAUGGUUCGGUUCGGCGCACCGGCUGA